AUGUUUUUUGAACAUAACCUGAAGAUUCUGGCUGAGCAGCCAUCCUCUUCCAAAUUAUUCGAAGAAGCUCAUGACAAAGUGAAACAAUAUAUAGAGCUAAAAAAGACACAUAGCGAAAACGAGCACGAGAACGAGAAAGCCGAACUUUUUGACUACUUGUACAAAAACCGCUACGAAAGUCUAAUUGUGAAACUUUUUAGAGAUUCAGUCGACAGAUUCGCAGGUUUGAAGGAAUCACAGUUUUAUCAGCUUACGACAAUCAUUGAUAGAUAUGGAACGCUUGAGGAUUUGAACUCUUUUCUUGAGCAAUAUGGUACCAAGAAGACAAGUCACCUGCUUCGAAGGCUUGAUAACCUGAACAAGACGCAAGAAAUAAGUGCGAUACUAAAGUUCCAAGAAUCUCACGAUGCCAACUUACUAUAUCAUAUUAAAAACUACAGAGGAUUAUCUUUAGCGCUCACCAAAUAUCUUAGGCAUCAGAUAUGGACUUGCAAGUCUCUAGAGAAGAAAAAAGCCAUGGCCAAGACAACACUGGAUAUUUUGGGUCCUGAGAAUUGUGAUGUCCAAUUUUUGGCAGAGGCCUAUCGCGUGCUUCGCUCUGGGGAUUUGAAAAAUAGGUAUGAGUUGGCAAAGCAGCUGAUUGAUCCUCACAGAAAGAAGGACAUCAUCUUUGCCAUGCUUUCAGAUGCUAGUCCCCUUGAAAGCUGCUAUUUAUGGGCGAACGAAUUUCCUGACAUACAACUAACAAAUCAAAUCCCGAAGGAGCUAUACAUUCUUAAACACAGAUAUCUAUUCGCUGGAAGGCUCCCGAAAAAUUUUGUUCAGCACCUUGAUCUAGACCGCGCUCAAUUGAACAAGUUCAUCAGUUGUCUUAUUUUUGGGUACUCGCGCUGGGGUGACCAUCAAUAUGUGUUUGAUCUUGUGAAGUUGAAGAGUCAACUCGGGCUAGAAAUUUCAAUAAUUGAUCAAGUUGGGAUUUUUCUAGCCACUCUGCAACUUGACCAAAGCAAUGCUUAUAACGCUUUCAAAAGUCUGCCUCAGGAGGCACAUCGAUAUGUUGUCAAAGAGGUGCUCGAGAUGCUCGGCAAGGCUAAUCGAUGGGAUGAAUUAAAUGCUUUUUUCUCUAGUUUGUCUCGAUUGCAGUACACCCCUACCCUGGAGGAUUAUACAGUGAUGUUUGAGGCACUCGCUAGUCGUGGAGCUACGGACCCAGUUCUGGAAAUAUGGGAGAUGUUUUUGAGAAGGGGAAUGACCCCAACUGAUAGAAUAUUGCAGGCCGUUAUUAAGUCACAUAUAAAGAAACAGGCAUAUGCUGACUGUUUGCAAUGGUUUGCCGCCUAUUCGCAUUUUAAGAUUCCUUUAUCACCCAAAGCAUACGGCUUGAUGCUACAGGCUCUUUCAGGAACGAACGAGCUGGUGGCAUGUUUCCAACUUUUGGACGAGCUGACCAAGAUCAAAAAUGCUGCACUGAAAAGGAACAACUUCUCAGGAUUUCUGAGUAAUUGUGCUAAUGGAGGAGACCAUAAAAGCAUUGAGACGCUUUUGAGCGUGUAUUACCCCAAGUUCGGACUUACGCCAGAGGCUCCUGAUUUCACAUGGAUUUUGAGAGCCCACUUCAAUUCACAACGAUACGACACUGUGAUCGACAUAUUUAGAAAAUUGCAAGAUGACAAGUUAGACUGCUACGGUAGUUACGAGGUGGCUCUAUUAUCAGCAUCACGAUUGGGAACUUUGCGCACUUUUGACAAACUGUGGGCCGAGUUUUCUGGCAAAUACAAGGACGAGCUAAAGGUCGAGUCGUAUGAACCAUUUUUGAUUGCGUACUGUCGUCGCCACAAGUUCAACAGCUUAGUCAAGUUCAUGGAUGGUUUGAGAGAACAUUACGGAAAGUUCCCAACGAAGUUGCUGAACCAGGUUUUCUUUCAAUACAUGCGAAUGGGAAAGUUACAGAACGCUUUCGGUCUAAUUGGGGUUGCGCUCUCGAGGGGACUUGAAAUUAGCUCCAAGACUUAUUCGUUGGUUCUUCAAGCUGGAACGAACUUGGUGAGCAACUUCAAUGCUUCCCUUAUGGAGGAAUUGCUGAACAACAAAUCCAAGGACUCUGUGGGAUUUGCAGAAAAGGAUCUAAGUCCAGCGGCUUUCAAAUCGGCUAUAAAGUGCUUGUUGAAUGAGAACCAGACUCGGAAGGCUCGUUCUUUAUUCGAAACGUACAUCGAAACAUCCAGUUCGUACUUUUUGGACAACGUUCAUAUCUUGGCCCUAGAGUUGAUGAUUCUUGGUAAGGAAAACCGGUGGCAGGAAUUUGACAGUUGCUUCAACAGAUACUAUUCCAUUGUAAGACAGAAAAUUGCUCACGCUCGUCUGAAAAACACAGAGGUCUACGAUAAGAUGGACGAUCUUAAUUUUCGUUUGCAUACAGGCUCUACCUUGCAAACUUUGGACGAAAUCAGGCUGCGAGACAGAUCCUUGAAACCUGGAGCGAUUGCCCGAUAUUUGAGGGAAGCAGUUAUCGAUAUCUGGCCUUACCGCUUGAAGCAAUUGGUUCAUCAAGGCCAGCUGAGAACAAUUCCCCAAGCUGUUGAGCAGAUGCUGGCUGACGGUUUCGUGCUGAGCAGCUUCAACAUUAACGAAGCAGCACUGAAGUUAAGUACGGAUCCAUCUUUGGUUCAUGAAACUGUCAAGUUCAUUGAGCGUUACUUACUAAGAGAUCUCAUGAAACGCGGUAGACACCGUUUCCUUCGGUUGCAGUUCAAAAGUUCAAUGACGGUGCCGCCUGCUCCGAUCCGCUCGAGCCCCCUGCACUUCCAAUUAAUAAUGAUGAAUCUCACGAAGCAUAUCAAGGCUCUGCCGCGAUCAGAAGCUCUGGAAGUGUUGCGGUCCCCGGUUUUAGCCAAGAGAGAUACCGUUUUACGCCACAGGUCACAUAUACAAGAGAACUUCAAGAAGCUUAGGGCCAAAGCGAUUUUGCAAACCAGUAUCGCGAACAAACAAACGCGCAUUGAAGCCUAUAAUGAAAUCCGCACAAAGCGCCACGGGUAUAUUCGCUCUCGAAUGAAUGAGAUCAACGAGUAUUCGAGGCUGCUCAAUAUGCUGCUACGGAAGAUUUCGAAUUCUGCACUCAAGGCGAAGGGGCAGGAGUUGCAAGAACUACAGGAACACAGCAAAGCUUACAAGGAGAAGCUCAAGCAGCUGCAAAAAGCCAAAGCCGGGCUUCUUGAAGAGGCCAAAAAUAUUGUGAUUGACGUUCGGACAAAAUAUGACAAAAAACACAUGUACAACAAGAUGGUCGAGACCCAUCAGCAGCAAACAUAG